UUUGUAAAUCCAUUCGAGAAUUAUAAUUUUAUUGCUUUCUUAUGACGGUUACACCUAAGAAACGUAGCCGAACAAACAAAUGGAUCUAGGCAAUUUGCGACAAUCCUCCCAAUUUCGUCUUUUAAGUUUAUUAACAAAAAUAGCUCCAAACGAUGUUCUAAAAGAUUUAGUUAUUCAUGAAGAUUUGAUGAAACCAAUAGAUUUGGUCUCGGGAGCACGUUUACUUCGAGAGCAAGGUGUUGACAAAAUGUUUAAGCUUGCUUCUGUAGCUCCUCCUUGGAAAAAUUAUAUUAGACUGUACUUCAUUCCUUCUGUCUAUGCUGUGGCUGAAAAUGUUGCGCAGCAGCUGAAAAGACAUGAAGUGGAAAAGACAGUUUCAUAUCACAUCAUUGUUGUACCUAAAGUAUUAACAGUAAUCCAUUCUUUUUUUGAAUCACUGGGAGUUUUGGAUUUUGUAACACUACAUAGUUAUUCCUGGGAUUUCAUUCCACUUGACUCCAACUUGCUGUCACUUGAACUUCAUCAUCUUUUCAAGGCUUCAUUUUUGAAAGAAGAAAAUUCUUUAUUGACAUCUGUUGCCAAAGCACUUAUGAGUUUUGAAUGCCUUUUGGGAAAGUUUUCCUGUGUGAUGAUGUUGGGUGAAAAGUCUCAAAGAGUCCACAACCUAAUGAAUGCUUGGAAAAAAGAAAUUCAGCCAAAUUUUCCAGUAGAAACGGAAUUUACCCACCUUAUUAUGUUAGAUCGUAAUAUUGACUUUGUGUCGCUUCUUUUGACUCAAUUAACCUAUGAAGGAGUGUUGGAUGAAAACCUUAAAGUCAAGUCUGGUUUUGUUUAUCUGGAUGCUGAUGGAGUUGAAGGGCCUCAAAGACUAAUGUUAAAUGCAACUUCAGAUGAAAUUUAUGGCGAAAUUAAAGGAAAACACAUAUCCGCCGUGUUUCAACAUUUAAGCAAAAAAGCCAAGGAGUUGCAACAGAAACGAGAUAUAAAAAAUACCGAUUCAAUAGAAGAAAUGAAGAACUUUGUUUCACAUGAUUUGAAAAAGAUCCAAUCUCAGCAAAAAUCUUUGGCACUACAUAUCAGCGCCUGCGAGAUUGUAAUGAAACGACAAGCAGGAAUACUGGAAGAGCUACUCGAGUUGCAAGAAGACGCAAUGUCUGGCACUAAAAUGAAAGAAUACCUGGCUUUUCUGGAGGAUUCCGUAGCUCGGCAAUUUGAUUUGGCCACCAUUCUAAGGUUAUGCUGCCUUUAUUCGAUCAUGGAAGACGGUCUACCUGAAAAGGAAUAUCAGUUACUUCAGAGACAAUUAUUGCAAGCGUACGGAUAUAGACACUUAGCAACUUUGCAUUACCUCCAGCGGUUGGGGUUGUUUAACCAACGUGAUUCUAAAAUGAUUAGCUUGGAACCUUUACUGCCUGAUAGGUUCGCACGAGCGGCCUCUCUUCGAUCAGAACACAUACCGUUUCGGAAAAUCUGCCAACGUUUAAAUUUAUUGCCGGUUGACGAGUCAUCUCAAGCCAACCCAUGUGCCAAGAGUGGUCAACAUCCGAGUUAUGUUUUCGGUGGAGUUUACACACCUCUUGUUUACCAUUUGGUUGAAAAAUGUGUCAGAGAGAAAGAGCCGUCUUUGGGUGACUACGUUCGCUGUUUUGGUAACAAUUUGCGAAUCGGAGACUGUAGUCAUCCUCAGUCGAGCGCUCGCGGAAAGGUUUUGGUCUGCUUCAUCGGUGGUGUUACGUUAGCUGAAGUCGCUUCACUCGACCUUCUGUCUCGCCAACUUGGUCGUCAGAUAGUGGUAGCAACUACGUCUACUAUCAGCGGGCCAGAUUUCAUGGAAUCCAUAGCGUCUCAACAUACAGAUACGUAGACAAUUACGGAAUACUCAUUCUUCUUCGCGUCUUCAUUUACAAGUUUCAAACACCAUCAGCAAGAGCUGUUUCUCAGUCUGUACAGAAAAUGUGUGUGUUAAUACAUUCCCACUAUGUUAUGAA